CGCCUCCUCGCGCACUCCUGCACUCGCGCCCGCUCCUCCCGCACGCGCGCCGCGCCCUCACCUCUCUCUCCCCCUCCAAACCCUACCCCACGCCGCUGUCCAGGUCCAGCCCCACGCCGCCAUCGUCUUCUUCGCCCAGCCGGCCGCCGCCGCACCGCACGCUCGUGCGCAGGGGCGAGAAGGGGAACCGCCGCCCGCUCCCGGAGCGCGAGGAGGACGAGGUGAGGCAGCGCCCAGAUCCACGGCGGCAUCGACGCGCCGUCGUCGACCUGAGCCGCCACCGUCCUCGAGGUCGGCCAUGGAGGGGGGGGGGGGUCCGACCCAGCUGCAGCCGUCGUCCAGACCAAGAUGCCCAAACAGUUCCUGCUGAUCCAGACGAAGAUCCUCGAUUUCUUCAAGAUCCAGCGGCGCCCGGCAGCCGCGGUGGCCGAGCCGCCGGAGGGGAAGAAGAGGAAGCGGAAGGCCGCCAGCGCGCUGGUGGUGUCCGAGAAGAAGAGCAGGAAGCUACCCUUCACCCCCAGCAAGACCCCGUCCGGCGCCUCACGCAGAUGGCCUCGCUCGCCACGGCGCUCACGGCCACCAGCGCCGUCUUCAGCAACGACCUCACCUACGUGCCCGGCAUGGCGCCCCGGUCCGCCAACCAAUCCGCCCUCGUGGCAGGAGGGAUGCAGGUGCUGCCAAGGGAGAAUGCAGAGACAUUGAGCCUAUGGAAGAGGAUGAUGGAGCAAGGGGCCUCUCCUCGUCGUCUUCAAUCCGGUGGAAGGGAUUGGAGCCCUUGAAGCAUUUGAAUGGAGCAUAUGUAUGCACGUUGCACUUCAUCUUAGGCGAGUGCGACUGUUACAUAUAUGUAAUGAUGUUGCAAUUGCUAAGAUAAUGGAAGCAACACUUAUUUUGCCAGUUCUGAAGCAGGACCAAAUAUGGAAAGACCAGGCGUAAGUGCUACUUUCUCUUGUACUAGGUGUCCCUCUUUUCUGAAUAAUCACAUUGCCUUCGCUUAAUCUGCUAAUUUGAGUCGUUUGUGGUUCCUUCCUAGGCUCCUAACUAACUGCAUAGAUACUAAUUAUUAGUAUAUUGUGCUACACCAUAAUUAGUGCUAAGUGAGCUGUGUCUAUGGUUUACACUGUCAUCCGUGAAGCCGGCGCUGUCAUCUUCUCGCGUGGCUGCCUCCAGCCCAUCCAACCCUCUGCUCUCCUCCACCAGGUGAAAGCAGCACCACCGCACACGCCCUGCCGUCGUGACUGCCGAUGACCUACGGGCCCGUCUCUCUCUCAAUCUCAAUCUCCUUGUGGACUGAAAGAUGGCGUGGUUGAUGCAAUCCGUGUAUCCCUCACAGAUCCACUUGGAACUCAGGCUGCAAACCAUCAAAUAGUGGGUUGGGUACCAGACCGGAGAGGGGCGGGGAGGAGAGUUCUACGGCGGCAGCGCCAGGAUCAACGCGUGGGACCUGGAACUGAAGCCCGAUCAGGCCAGCUCGUCGGUCAUGUGGCUCGCCAGCGGCAACAAUCAGAUCAUGUCGGGUUUCAUGGUAUCCCCCGAGCAGUACAACGACACCGAUCUCCAUUUCUUCGUGUCAUGGACGGCCGAUGGGUUCAACGCCACGGGCUGCAUGGACACGGACUGCCAGGGCUUCGUGGGCUCCACGCCGCCGGCCAGCGUCUCCCCCGGGUCGACGGUCACGCCGACGUCCGUCUACCACGGCAAACAGACCGAGUACACCGUCACCAUCCUCCAGGUGGCUGGGAACUGGUCCCUCAUCGUGGACCUGUCGGGGGAGAACGAGACGGUCGGGUACUUGCCCGGCUCGCUGUUCACGGGCCUGGCGAGCAACGCGACGGUGGUCGGCUGGGGAGGCAACGCGCAGUCGUCGUCCGGCGCCGGGCCGCCGAUGGGGAGCGGACACGGGCCGGACGAGGGGGACGGCGUCGCGGCCUACGUGGCCAGCAUCGCGGUGUACGAUUCCAAGGGGAACGCCACCGCCCCGGCGGCCGGGAACGUGACGUCGCUCACGGACGCCGGAGACUGCUACGGUGCCAGCGAUUACGAGGUCGGAAAGGACGACGGCGGGUUCUUCUAUUACGGGGGGCCUCAAGGUUGCAACCACUAAAAUGUGAGGAUGGCUUCAUCAUGGGUGUCGAGACUCGAGACCAACAGUAGUCAUCAGAUAUGAUGAAUAAGUGGAUGAUUUAUAAUUACAGUACUACAUUUUAUCUAGCAAACAUGCAUGUGCGGUUACAAAUAAUGUAUGCUCAUAGCACAAUGAGCACGACUCAAGACCCGCUUUAGGUCCACGUUACCUAUUUCAACAGUCUCCUCCGUGUUGUU